AUGCCCUUGCUGAGUGUGGUUGAUGCGGCUUUUCUCUUAUUACGGCAGCUUUCAUCCCAGGGCGAACUACCGAUUUUUUGGACGAUCAAUCAAUCCCUGUGGAUUCGAGACGAGUAUCUUUUUACAGUCUUGAAAGGAGCUGACGAUGACAGCACGCGUAUUCCCAAGCCGGACCUGAAAGACGGAGUGACCAUAUUGACGCCACCACUUUUCGCAGAUUGUCGCAUGGUCAUCUCCCAGCUGAGUUAG